GAGCAGUCCGAGACAAUUGAGGUGCCUGAGGUGGAAGAAAUAGUUGAUACCCGUUACUCAAACUAUGAUGAUGCUCCAGAGAAAGUCCAAGAGAACUCUAAGGGGUAUGAGGAUGAAUCGAAGGAUGAACCUCAAGCCCUCCCUACCUCCCAUCUUCCACUCGGAG